AUGCGGUCUGUCGUCGUCAACCGAUUGAGGAUGGCUUCAGAGCAAGAAUGCUCUGCUAGCGCCCAGAGUACUGCGUUUCCAGAUAUUGAUAUUUCUGCUCCUCUUCCCCCUCAUACUUUUGCUGGAAUGGUUGAACGUGAAAUUCUCGAGCGUUUCGAAGCAUCUGAGAUUGAGCGAGUACUGCAAUCAUGGCGGCUGCUAGAUAAAGAUUACUUUCAUAGAGAAUAUGUUGGUGAAGACGGACAGGAGGAAGGAAGCUAUAUGGUCCAGGAGUGCCACUCUUACGUACCAGGAUUGUCCAUUAAACCUUUUUGGAAUCCGGAUGAGUUUGAUUGGACGGCUUACAUCAAGAACAAUUACAAGAAGAUUAGAAAAGAAUUCGAUGCGGUAAAUGCAGACAUGCUUCGAUUACAACAAGAAGGCAGCAAUGUCUGGGCUGGGGCACUGACCGAAGAUGCAGCUGCCUACGGCGAGGGUUGGAAGACACUUGUCUUGAUGGACCGUGGCCGGUGGGCACCAGCGAACGUCCAAUUGUUUCCAAAUACUGCAAAAAUAGUCCAUGAUAGCGGAGUCCCAGCGACAGAAGUUUUCUUUGCUAGUAUGAAAGGCCCAUCCGAAAUCAAAAAACACACAGACUUCACAAAUUUCCUUUGCACUUUUCACCUGGCCUUAGAUAUCCCCGGGGAGAACAAGUGUCGAAUCUCCGUCGGGGAUGAAACACGAGAGUGGACAAACGGUAACGUCUUACUAUUUGAUACGUCGCUGAUGCAUGACGCAGUGAAUGAGAGCGAUGAAAUGAGAUACAUUCUGAUGCUACGGCUGUGGCACCCAGAUUUGACUUCAGUAGAACGGGAAGCGCUGCAGUUUCUGUAUGAUUGCUUGGAGGUUCCGGGUUUGGUGAGUAACGAUCCAGCAGAGAAGUUUAGAGCCACUCAAUCGGUCGAGGCGAUGAAAGCUUUCCCCACUUUGCAGCACGAACCUCGAGGUUUCGGUGGGAAGACUCAAAAGGGCAAGAGAAAGAACAGAGGCAGCGGCAAAGGGUCUGGUGCAUAG